UUUGAAGAAAUAAUUUCGGUCAUUCAUCUUCGCAUGCGUUGAUAGCGGCUGUUUUUGUUUUUGUUUUACAAAUCUCAGGCCAUCAAACUAUGGCUACUCCGCAACCUCCUCUGCGUUUCACCUCCUACCGCCAGUUCACUCUCCGGCUUGUUCUUUCAACGCUUACUGGGCGCGCAGUCCAUAUAUCUCAGAUUCGACCAUCCGAUCCCAUCCAUAUGGGCCUUGCCCCCCAUGAAAUCUCCUUUUUACGACUCUUGGAAGCUGUUACCAAUGGCUCACAUAUGGAGAUUUCCUACACUGGUACCAUCGUCCUCUAUAAACCUGGUCUCAUAACCGGGAGUGCCCCCGGCUCCGGUGCAAGCGGAGGUGUCAUAAAACAUGAGAUCCCUUCCAACUGUAGUCGUGGCAUUAGUUAUUUUUUACUUCCAAUGUGCCUCCUUGCGCCAUUCUCCAAAGCCCCGUUUAACAUCCUCUUCACCGGUCCUGGUGUCAUCACCUCCUCCACUCCAACUGGCGAUAUGUCUGUGGACAGUGUGCGGACUGCUAUCCUUCCGUUAUUUGCUCAAUUUGGCAUUUUCAACAACAUAGAGUUGCGUGUAUUAAAAAGAUCAAACCCAGGGCCCAACGGAAAAGGAGGGGGAGGAGAGGUUCAGUUGGUGUUUGGUCAUCAAGUUCGACUUCCGAAGACGAUUCACUUGUUGAACCCUGGCAGAAUCAAAAAAAUACGUGGUGUGGCAUAUGCCAUAGGUGUAUCAGGAUCCCAUAACUCCAGGAUGAUCGAAGUUGCGAGGGGCGUUCUGAACCCUCUUUGUCCUGAUACCUACGUAUUUUCAGACGUCUCCUCAGCGCCUUUAGUCGCUGCACCGACUAGAGAUAACCCUUCCAACAAAAAGAAAAUUGGGCUUGGAUUUGGACUGUCUUUGGUAGCCGAAUCGUCCACUGGUUGCUUAUUCUCCGCGGAUGUGGCGUCGUUACCCACUGGCGGCGAGCCGCCAGAGGACAUCGGCAAACGGUGUGCGUACCAGCUCCUAGAGUCCAUCUCAGUGGGUGGAUGUGUCUCGAGAGCUGCUGCUCCAACGAUGAUAACGCUGAUGGCGAUGGGUUCUGAAGAUGUGGGAAGACUACAAGUCGGAAGAGAUGUCGUCGCAGACGAGUCCAUGAUCCAGUUUGCCAGGGACCUCAAUAAAUUCGGUACUCCUGGAUGGGGAAUUAGGGAUGCACCUGGAGAAAGCGAUUCGGGGGACGUCAUUAUUAGUGUAGUUGGGAGGGGAAUAGGCAACGUUGGGCGAAAGAUUGCUUGA